AUGCCAACAGACUCUGCUGAAGAGAGCAGGAUCAAACAAGUUGUUGUUAUGAACCGGGAAGAAGGAUAUGAUCCGCAUCCUGGGACAAAAUCUCAAACGCCUCCGCCUCGAUCGGGCAAGUUUUCUCGACUGGGGAUUUUCGGUCGCAGAGGCAAGUCCCCAGCUCCAGAACCAGAGGUGACCCCGCGCAAACUACAGCGCAAAGGACCUACUGCCGGUACAGGCCAUGAAGGGUACGGCAGGAGGAUUGCCCUGUUCUCGUCCAAAAGUUCGAAAAGCCGCAGCAGUAGUCGUCAAACCCGUAGCAGCCAGUCCGACCUCGACGACUUUGCUGCUACGCGGCUGAGGCCUGUUCCAAUUGUUGGUGGGUCAAGAGCCAUUAACAGCGCUGGUCCCGGCGACGGACUCGAUGUCUACGACAAUGCUCCGCCGUCGUCAUCAGGCUCUGAUAAACGGCGUCCUCUAUCUCAAUCUCAAGGCUCCUUCGGCCAGAAUUCUGGGCAAGACGGUCUAGGUGGCACUGGUGAUCCCGCUCUGAGCCAUAGGACCGUUCCUACUCUGGCCUUUCGCCGAUCCCAGAGACUCGGUAAUGACGAGGAGAAGUUCAGCUUACCAAUGUCCAUUCGGACUCAUGAGCUCUUAACGCCAUUAUACAUUAGCAGCCAAGAGGAAAGCCGAUCAUCUGCUCUGCUGGGGUCUCUUUCGACACCGAGCACUACAACGGACCUAUACCGCAGUGACAAUUCGUUCUACAAAUCGAAGGACAAGAGAAAUUGGAAACGCAAAUGGAAUAUCUUCCGGAGAAAGGGUUCAGAACAAGAACCAGAGCAGACUGCCCACCUACCGUCUUCGUCUCCUGACGAAUUACCAGUCAGCAUCUUGGCAAUUUCUACGCCUCGGCCAAUGCCAUACUAUGCAAUGAUCGAUUCUGAAAGCGAGAUGAAUACCACUGAGCAACUUCCGGAUCUUCUGCCACAGUUGACCGAAUCUCCUGCAGUCAGCCCCAUAAACGAAGGAUACGAGGCCGAAACCUCAUAUAACGCGCAUACAGCGGAAGCUUAUGAAGAUGAUAUCCUCCUCCCAAGUGCCUCGCUAUCCCUGCCGCAGUCAUUUGACAGAUCACUGCCUUCGGUGCCGCUGCAAAGUCCGAAACAGCGGGUACAGGGUCAGAUAGAGGAGCGGCCGCAGCGACAGCCCCGGCUAGCUCGUGUUGGAAGAAUUCCUGCAGUGGUCCCACGGAACGAAGAACAAAGCCAACCCAGUCGGGCAUUGUUCUUGAAACCAUUGGUGAGGGAAUCAACUGCAGAAAAUGUCUACAAUUUACGAAAUACGCCCGCAGCUGGGUUUCGUGCGCCGCUCGAGACCAGGACGCAUCUGCAACCGGGUCGCCUUCUCCCCUCAGUUGAUCGUGCCAUACCUUCCAACGCCGAUACCCUCGCCAAGUCCGAGUUCCUACGUUUCCCGUCAGGGGCAGCUUCCGAGGCAUCUACGUCCAGCAGUUCCGAAGGCCCGUUGAGCAUGCUUGGCCCAUUACCGGGCUCCAGCCCGCCCAAGGAAGGGCACCCGGCACGAUUUGCUCACGAUAUCGACAUUAAUGCGUCCAACAGUCCUAGUGUGGACGAGGUGUGGAAUGAAUAUGAUGAUUUUCUCGAUCAUGUCAUGUCACCUUCACUUGCAAGGAAGGAUACAAGUAGUACCCUCAGGGAAAAGAUUCCUUUCCCCGAGCAGGCAGAACGCCACCUCACCGCCUCGGUAAGGAACGCAGUCAAACCACAAACAGGGGAGCCAUAUAUUGUCUUUCCCGACCUAUCUAUUCCUGCAAUGGAACGGCCUGUGUUUGGGCAGGGGACAGCAGCCUCGACCGCAUCUCCUGUUAUAUUUCCUUCGGCAAUGCUUGAGCAGACCGCAGGAGAAGACGUUCGGCUGCGAAGGUCUAGGAUUGUGUCAGCACUACAUUCCUCAACUGAUCCAACAUCCCCGUUCUCGAUCCGCGAUUUGCUCAACGAGUACGACAGUCACCACAGGAGUAGCACAAUACCAUCUGAGCGACUAAGUACUUCCUCGGCCAGUCAAUCCUUGAAGCGUUGGACAGCCACCAUGAGCCGACCGGAAAUGCAUAAAGAGUCGAAUCAUCAGGAACAUGUUGCACUUCUGGAUGUUGUCGAGCGAAAGAAGGAUCCAGCAGCCCAGUCCGAACUUCAAUUUGCUUCGCUCAUGGUCGCUAAAUGGCUUUCGUUCGGGCGUGUGCUCUUUUCACCUGCACACGAUGAGAUUCAGACUCUUCGUGAACGGCAUGUUCUCGUCAUCGAUGGGUUAGGGACUGAGGACUGGUCCAUCUAUUGUGCCGUUACCUACGAGGCGCAGCAAGCAUUCGUUCACCACCUGCAGGAGAAGCCAUCGGGACCCGGCUUGAAGAGCUUCAAAGCAUCUCAAAACGCCCCGAAUAAUCAUCGCCGAGCUCAGGUGACCAGCUUUGACGAACGCUUCCCUUUCCCGCCUGCUUUCUUCUCUGCCGUUGUGCUUCGUUUUCCACCAGCAAUGCCGGAAGCGAAGAUGAAGAAUAUCAUAUCCGAAUGUAGGCGGGUGUUGCUCCCUGGCGGAUAUCUCGAGCUCCUACUACUAGAUCUUGACAUUGUCAAUAUGGGUGUGCAAACUCGAAGAGCUGUCCGUGAGCUCAAAUUCCGAUUGGCAACGGCAGACACACAGAUUAGUCUCAGGCCCAUAAUCGACAAUGUCCAGAGCGUUCUUAGUGCAAGAGGGUUCUCCAGCAUCAGUCGCUGCGUUGUGGGUGUUCCUGUUGCAGGUCGGCCAACUGGGUCGGCCGCUUCAUCCUCGUCCUCACGCUCAAGUGGAGGAUCAGACUCUCUCCCAAAGGGCGGUGCUGGAAGUCCAAGACCAGCAACUGCUUCGCCGCGAAUGACGUUUGGUCUAGGGCGCAAAGGAGCCAACCUGUCAUUGAACGAUCUGAUUGCAGAUCACUCCGAGAAUGCUGAUGCAAAGAUCGGUAGGAUUGUCUCGCGAACGGCGAGGGCAUGGUGGCAGCACUGUUUCGAAGCUAGCGUCAUCCCGGACGGUGACCUUUCCAGAAGUAUUUUCGCAGAGAAAAAUCUUUUGAGAGAAUGCAGAAGCCGGGGAUCGAGUUUCAAGAUGCUCAUCGCCCAUGCGCAGCGCCCAGUCUUCGAGUCAAGGCGGCGAACGAUGAGCGAACCUCUCGUGCAGACUCUAGCUACCGCUGGAGCCCAGCGGCGAACGCAGCAAUCAUCCCACGAGUCCCACACAGCAUGA